AGGUUCAGGGGCGGGAGCAUAUGCGACAACACAAGACAGCCACAGCCUAAACAACACAUGCACUAUGUACAACUUUACUGUCAGUUAGAUGGACUCUUUGUUUUAAUGUAUUAACUGUUGAUGACUGACUGGAAGUACUUUUAGCCCCUUUCUCUUCGUACGUGCAUUUUAGAUAUUUGCUGUAGGUUGUAGUAGCGUCAAUUCAUUGAAACUGCUGGUGGUGGUGAAGGUUGUGGACAACGAGGCUACUGCGAAGCAACGUGGACAAUUAGUUAGAACUCUACAGUAGGCUAUGACUUAGCAGUAGCAGCUAAGUUAGUUUAAACCCUAUGGUUUAAACAUGGCUCAGCAGGAUAUGGGUGAUCUUCAAUCUCAGAUAGAUGAGAUUGAAGCUCUGUCAUCCAUAUAUGGUGAUGAAUGGUGUGUGAUUGAUGAAGCUUCAAGAAUAUUUUGCAUCAAAAUAUCUGACAGUUCAGACCAUCCAAAAUGGACAGCUUGUUUACAGACGAUUCUACCUGCAGACUAUCCCAGCAGAGCACCACCUCUAUAUCAAAUAAAUGCUGGGUGGCUGAGAGGUCCAGAAAGAAUGGAACUGUCAAACAGCCUGGAGGAGAUUUAUUUGGAGAAUGCUGGUGAGAGUAUCCUCUAUCUUUGGGUGGAGAAAAUUCGGGAAUUUCUUGUGGAGAAGUCUCUCAGCUCUGAUUCGGUGGAGGAGUCUGAGCUGAGAAAAACCAUGGUGACAGAGGAAGAGGAAGAUUAUGACGAUGAGGAAGACCAUAUAGACUACAGCGUGCUGAAGAACACCGACCAAGCCCAUCUUUUUGUAGAUCGACUUGGGGGGGAAGAGUUGCCUGAAAUUAAACACGGUGAACCCAUCACAGAAAGACGGAGCACCUUCCAACCUCACUUAGCUAUGGUGGUCACCCCCAAGCAGGUCCGACUGGUACUGGACAAGCUGUAUGAAAAUAAAAAGAUAGCCAGUGCCACUCACAACAUCUAUGCAUACCGGAUACACUGUGAGGACAAGAACACCUUCCUACAAGACUGUGAGGAUGAUGGUGAGACAGCUGCAGGUGGAAGACUGCUUCAUCUUUUGCAGAUUCUGGAUGUUCGGAAUGUGAUGGUUGUGGUCACUCGCUGGUACGGGGGCAUUCUGCUGGGGCCAGACCGCUUCAAACACAUCAACAACUGUGCCAGGAGCAUCCUGGUCCAGGAGGGCUUCGCUGAAUGUUCGGAAGAAGAAGCGGGCAGAGGCGGAGGGAAGAGCAAGAAGUCCCGAGGCAAGAAGACAAAGUAAAAAGGAGGAAACCGCUGGAUUCUGACAAUCCCAAAGGAGAAGGAGGGAUAGAUGGAGGCUGUCUGUCUGUCGGCUUUGAAGUCAAACAGGGAUAGAUGGGAGUCUGUUUGUCUGUCGGCUUUAAAGUCAAACAGACAGACAGAUAGAAGAUGGAGAAUAACUAAAAAAAGACUGAAAUAUUAAGAGUGAUGUCCAGAUUGAUGGAAUAAUAAAAGAAUGCAGUCAUGAACCACAAGGCUGUGGAUCUAUGCUGAUGGCUAGCUGCGCCUAACCAUGUGGCAUGACUCAGAUACUCAGGCUCCUUCAGGUCUCUCAGGCGGUCUCUUCUAUAUGGUUAAAGGGCAUCCAGUAAAUGUAUACGUGCAUUGUUCACAGAAGAAAAAAACGGUCUCAGUAAAUAAAUUAUUACAUGUGCAAUGUAAUGUUAGUUAUGAUGAAAUAAUCAAAGUACUAUUUGUGCAGAAUGUAUUGUGUCAAGGGCUGUUUUAUGAUAAAAAAGACAAACCCUGACUAUAUUAUAUAGUUUCUGAAUGUCCGACUUUAUUUUAUUUUUUUUGUCAAAAUGGCAAGAUCUAUUCACUUUGUACACAGGACCAGUGUUAGGUAAUGAAGCACAGGCUCUGACACCUGCCAACACCAUUUAUGUGAAAAUCCAAGCAGGUUGUCUGGAGAUCGUAUUGGGGUCUGACACCUGGUUUUGGCUGCCUUAUCAACUCAAACUAUAUCCAACUUGUGCCAUUACAAAUUAGAUAUUUAAAAUUGAAUUCCAUAUUUAAUAAGUUACUGAUUGUCCAGGGUGUCUGAUUCACAUUAAAAAAUCUUUCCUCA